AUGUUCAAAAAGAACGAUCACCUAGUAGCUCAGGAUCGAUUGUAUCAAGAGAAAGUCCAGUUCCGCAGGGUGGUUGCCAAGUAUGGAAGAUUAUUUAGAUGUCCAAUCACCUACUUCAGAAUCGUUGACCGUUUAGGAUACGGUGGUGGACCAAGAGUUGAAAUCAUCAGGGGUGGUCUAAACAAAAAGUAUAUUGUGGCUCGCUUAACUUCUCCAUACAAUCUUCCUAUAUCGGUAAACAUUUACGUCGGUUGCAAGAACCAGAUGAUUCGAGGGAGACCUAAAUCACCAACAGCAAGUCCAUCUACAUUAUAUCUUACAACCUCAACGACAACUCCACCACCAACCAAUGCACCACCAACAGAUAAACUACCAACAGAUGCACCACCAACAAAUGAACCACCGACCAAUGCACCACCAACAGAUGAACCAACAGCAGCUGCACCACCAACAAAUGCACCACCAGCAGCUCCAGAACCAGAAAGAUAACCACAAAUAGAUUUUACAGAUGACAAUCAAAGAAAUCGCACUUCAAAUGGAAGUAAUACGGAUAUGAAGACGGCAUAAUGCUUUAAUUAAAAAUAUAGAUCAUGAAAAUAUUUUUGUAAACAACAUGAACCUAC